GGUUUUGAGCGUCAGCUGUCUUGUGUGUCAUUGUUUUUAACUUUUUGCCUGCUUACUUUUUUUAAACAUAUGAUGACACUACCAUGACAUGCGAAGAAAAAAUAAAACCGCAGUUUUAUAUCUGCAGUUGUUUCAUGACCGACAACAUAUUCCUAGAGGACUACAAGCUUCACAUUCGCUUUAAGACUGAGGAGCAGUUCAGAGAAGACUAUCAAGGGCACCUGAAGAGGCUUGGCUGCGUUACGGAGCAACAGUUUGAGGAUAUCCUCAACAAGGUUUCACAGGAAGUGGACAGGCGAAUGAGUCUUUCUUUGACGUCUGCUGACAGAACCGCAGUCAUAAAAAACACAUACAGGCCUCUUCAUCCUCAUGUCUACAAUCUGCAGGAUACGUUCCUUGCACCAGAGUUCAAGCAUAUGGUCAAUUAUUGUCAAAGUCACAAUGUCACAAUCCAGAAUCUGUCUGGCAUGUUGGUAGAAGAAAAAGCGGCCCGAGUUUAUCGCUUGACAGUCUUCAACAAGAGCUUCUGCGAGGAUCUGAUGGAAGAACUGGAGCACUUUGAGCGUUCUGCAGCACCCAAAGGUCGACCUAACACUAUGAACAACUAUGGGAUCCUCCUCAGUGAACUUGGCUUCGAUGAGGGUUUAAUCACACCUCUUCGUGAGAAGUAUCUACACCCACUCACAUCUUUGCUCUACCCAGACUGUGGAGGGCACUGUCUGGACAGUCACAAAGCCUUUGUUGUCAAAUAUGACAUAAAUGAAGACCUGGACCUCAGCUACCAUUACGAUAAUGCAGAGGUCACGCUCAACGUCUCCUUGGGCAAGGACUUUACGGAUGGAAACCUUUAUUUUGGUGACAUGAGACAGGUGCCUUUAAGUGAGACUGAAUGUUCGGAGAUCGAACACAGAGUAAGUGAGGGCCUUCUCCACAGAGGCCAGCAUAUGCACGGAGCCUUGCCCAUUUCUUCCGGCCAGCGAUGGAACCUCAUCAUCUGGAUGCGAUCUUCCCAGGAGCGCAAUAAACUUUGCCCCAUGUGCAACACAAAACCAGCACUGGUAGAAGGGGAAGGCUUUGCGGACGGAUUCACAAAACACUCCAGUUCACUCAUCGCCGACUACUGUGUGCUCACCUGAUGUGCUGAUAAGCAGCCUUAUAACAGCUUUCAUGCAGCGCCUGUAUUUCCCAUUUCAUGUCAUGAAGGUAAUAAGAACAUAAAGCAUGUUUCCUACAAGUCGACUGCACAGCACUUUUAACUUGUGCAAAACAGUAAACAAAUGAGCUUGGUGGCCAGAUGAAGAAUGAAGACUCAAGGUUAUUCAUCAAACUUAUUCUCGAGCCCUCGUGCUUGCCAAAACAUUGGUUGUCAUCUGAACUAUACUGUUUUGUAGUCUUGCAUCACUGUCCACAUGGGAAUAAUCACUGAAAUUAAAACACCAUUAUUAGCUGUGGGGAUCAUUAAUGUAAUCUUUUUUUAUGAUUAAUUUGUGGUUGAUGACAUGGUACGAAAUGAAUCCAGCAUGAUAUGGAAUAUUUAUGUUAAGUGUGAUGUUAAUUGAAGAUGGGAUGUUAAAUGACAAUGAUUUAUUGACAGUAAUUUAUUGCAAAGGGGAUAAUGAUGAUUUAAAAUUAAUCUUGUUGCACUCUUAAUAAACAAUUUUCAUUUUUU